CGGCUUCCUUUCCUCCUGAUGUCUUACGACUACCUCUUCAAGUAUAUCAUUAUCGGCGACACAGGUGUUGGCAAAUCAUGCCUCCUCCUGCAGUUCACCGACAAGAGGUUCCAGCCGGUUCAUGAUCUCACUAUUGGUGUUGAGUUCGGCGCUCGUUUGGUCACCAUCGAUGGCCGACCCAUUAAGCUCCAGAUUUGGGACACUGCCGGGCAAGAAUCAUUUAGAUCCAUCACUAGAUCUUAUUACAGAGGAGCAGCAGGAGCACUCCUAGUUUAUGACAUCACAAGGAGAGAGACAUUCAAUCAUUUAGCAAGUUGGCUGGAAGAUGCUCGGCAGCAUGCCAGUCCUACCAUGACUAUCACGCUCAUAGGGAACAAGGGUGAUCUGUCUCACCGAAGGGCUGUGAGCAAAGAGGAGGGGGAGCAAUUUGCAAAGGAAAAUGGGCUUUUAUUCUUGGAGACUUCUGCAAGGACAGCCCAACAUGUUGAAGAGGCUUUUAUAAAAACUGCUGCUAAGAUUCUUCAGAAAAUUCAGGAAGGUGUCUUUGAUGUCUCCAACGAGUCAUCUGGCAUAAAGGUUGGCUAUGGACGUCCUCAGGGUCCGUCAGGCGCUAGAGAUGGAACAGUCAGUCAUUCAGGUGGCUGUUGCAACUGACUGGGAGGAAACAUUCACUUGACUGCGUCCUUUUGUACAUCCUUUUCUCCCAUUCUCUGCCAUCCACUGUAUAGAUCCUAUCUCAACAGUAAUACUGGGACAGUU